CACACACACACACACACACCUCUCCUGCCUGAAGACAUCAUUAUCCCUCACUGUUCAGUGAGCAGUGUGUCUCUGUGCUCUUGGACUAUAGACUGACGGAGCUCUUCAUUGCACACACACACACACACACACACACACGGGACAGAUGGCCGGUUUAAGGAGUGCAGUCCUUCUUCUUGUUCUGCUCUGCGUGUUGGUGGGAUGCUGCGGUGUUCAGGGCGCUGUGCGGGGCGGAAAAGAGUCGGACAAUACCGGCGGCAAUUUCCUAGAAGACGAGCAAUGGCUGUCUACUAUCUCCCAAUACAGCCACAAGAUAAAGCACUGGAACCGCUUCAGAGACGAAGUUGAGGAUGACUACGUCAGAACUGUGGAGGAUCCCCAGGGUUCUGAGGAAAGUGUGGACACAACCAAGGACCCAUGUCAGAAGGUGAAAUGUAGCUGGAACAAAGUGUGUGUGUCUCAGAACUACCAGAGGCCCAUGUGCAUCAACCGCAAGAAACUGGAGCACAGGAUCAGGCAGCCUGACCUGAAGCCUCUCGCAAGCAGCUGUAAACCGUGUUCCCUGUCAACCUCAAACCCCGUGUGCGGAUCUGACGGACAUAACUAUGCUUCACAGUGUAAGCUGGAGCAGCAGGCGUGUUUGAGUGGUAAAACACUAGCUGUUAAGUGUUCAGGACCUUGUCCAUGUGUUAGUGAGCCUGUUCCAAAACCUGAGACAGAAACACUUUCUGUAUCCAAACCAGAAAGCUGCACUGGUCAGGACUUGGCAGAUUUGGGGGACAGACUCAGGGAUUGGUUCCAGCUUCUUCAUGGCAAUGCUAAAAUGAACAGCUCUGGCAGACAGGGAUCAGGAACAGCUUCAGUGUUUGAGAAGAACUUGGUGGCAGGCUGCAAGGACUCUAUUGGCUGGAUGUUUUCCAAACUAGACACCAGUAAUGACCUCUACCUGGACCACUCUGAGCUGGCUGCUAUAAACCUGGAGAAAUAUGAGCUGUGUAUCAGACCAUUCUUCAACUCGUGCGACUCGUACCGCGAUGGCAAGGUGUCCACGGCUGAGUGGUGUCUCUGCUUCUGGAGGGAGAAGCCCCCCUGUCUGGCUGAGAUAGAGAGACUCCAAGUGAAGGAGGUAGCCAAAAGAAAACCAGGCAUGUUUAUCCCGAGCUGUGAUGUGGAUGGCUACUACAGGAAGCUACAGUGUGAUCAGAGCCGAGCAGAAUGCUGGUGUGUUGACCUGCAUGGCACCGAGGUUACCGGGUCACGGGUUCGUGGGAAGCCUGACUGUGAUGAGUUAGUUGGCUACUCUGGAGACUUUGGCAGUGGAGUGGGAUGGGAGGAUGAAGAAGAGAAAGAGACAGAGGAGAAUGCAGAAGAGGCUGAAGAAGAAGAGGAGCCUGAACCAGAAGAGACUGAUGAUGGAGGAUACAUCUGGUAGACAAAGUUCACCAUUAUCAAUGCACCUAUGGUCCUCAAAGCCAAUUUGUUGUCAGUCUUAAUUCAUUUAAAUAGCAUAUUGCUUGAAGGAAGCUAUUGGAAAGGCUUAAUGGGCAAUUUGUAAACAUAUUUACAAUGGAUUUCUGUUUGAUUCUUUGAAAUGCUGUUAAUUUUGCAAAACAAACAAAUCUGAUCAGGUAUACAAAGGAAAUGAUACAGUAUAUUGCAAUUUCAAAGGAACACAUACAAGCAUUGCAUCAUGUUGCCUAUGUUAGCUUAUAGUCACAUAAUGUGCUGAGUGUAAUUGUAAUUAAUCAAAUCUAAAAAGAGUGAAAGUAAAACUAGGGAACUUGCUUGCUUGUAACUGAGUAAUUUAUCAGACCAGGCUGUAGAUAAGAUUACACUCAGACUAUGACGGUUUUACAGGAACAUGGACAGGUUCUUAUUCUGAUUGCAGUAUGCUUCUCAUUUGCUUGUGUAAAUAUCUACCCAGAAAGUGGCUCAACUGUGAGGAACAACCACUAAUCUAAGGUUUAAUUAAUAUACUUAAUUCAUUCAUUAGAUUACCUCUUAAUAUUUAACAGGCUAAAACGGAGGUUCGCCUCAGUAGAUUUUCCUAAUUAUAAUGAUUUAUAUAGAAUUUUCUGUCCUCAUCAUUAAUUAUACUUAUACCUAUUUUGAGCAAAUAAUCAAAAAUAAAUACAUUUCAGAUCAGGAGUCAAACUUUUCAACUGAAACAAAAGAAUGACCACGAAGACACAAUUUUCUCAAUAUUUACACUCAAGCACAUCUUGCGGUAAUGAAGGUGUCAUAUUCUUUUUUCUUGAAUGUCUCUUUUCUUCCUUUUCUUUAAGCUCUACUAGAACCUUAGUAAACUCAAAGAUGUGUGAUUUUUCUCAUGCCUUUCACAAGAUAAAUGAGAUGCAUCGGUUGUUUUUACAGUAAUUGCAUGUCAGUAAAGAAGAAUUUACAGUUACUGUAUGAAUGUUGAAUAUUAUGGCUCGCCGUAUGACAUCUUUUUGUUCUUCAUCUCAUUGUGAGUUAUUGUGAUAGAGAGUGGCAUCAAUGCUGUCCAAACAAGAUGUCUGACUGGUGAUGUUGAAAAAAAUAAGAAUAAUUUUACUGUGAACAAUACAUUAAGUUGUGUUUAGAUUGUUAUACAUGCCUUUUAUUAUAAGGAGAUAUAAGAACUGUAUAUUGUGACAUUUUGAAGGAAACAUUCUUUGACAGAACGACCUAGAUUUUUAACCAUACAGGAAUGGUAUGCAGGAGUGCUGCGUACAUCAUAAAAACGUAAUAAAAGGACUAUAUAUAUAUUAUUAUUAUUAUUAUUAUUUAGCCUGAGAGAUUUGCUAGAAGAAUGACGUGCUCAUCACCUCUAAUCAGGCACGGCGUACCAGUUCUGAAACAGCUUCUUAAUGACACACGUUCUGUCGUGAAGAUCAGCUUAAAAUGCUGCCUUCUUUCAUGAAUCCAAGACAAGCAGAAAAAAGGACUAAGUGUACAACCAUCGCUAUACGCUGCAGUUUAUUGUUAUUAUUCUUGACCCAUUACUAUUUACGUAUGUAAAGUCAGUCAUGCCGUGCGUUACACAAAGCUGCUGGAAUUGGUUGAAUCGAUGCGCUUCAAUAUAAUGUGAGAGAAUGUUCAAGAAAUGUAGAGAUUAUGAUUAGUUAAUGCGUCACACACACAUUAGGCCAAAGCUUACAAGAGAGAGAAGAACACACACUGUAGUUCCCAGAUGCUACACUUGUUUAAUUUCGCAUUAAAUUCAGUUUGUAGUGUUUAUUGUGGUAAACUGAUUUAGUCUUAAUUAGAAGUUAAGAAAUUAAUUCCUGAAACAUUAAACAAUUUCAAAGAUUGAAAUCCCCUAGAUUUUGGACAAAAUUAUUUGAAAAAGGUCUCCUCCUUCUCUCACAUUGACUGAACUGCUACUGUGUACUCAUUGCUGCUUAGCUCAACUCGUGACAUGUUUUCUCACUGUGUUUGAUAUUUGAUAAUAAACCAGCACUAUAAUCA